AUGGCCGAGGGCGGCGGGGGCGCGCGGAGGAAGGCGCCGGCGCUGCUCGAGGCCGCCCGCGCGCGCUACGAGAGCCUGCACAUCUCGGACGAUGUGUUCGGCGAGUCAGGCCCGGACAGCGGCGGGAACCCCUUCUACAGCACCUCGGCCGCCUCGCGCUCCUCCUCGGCCGCCUCCUCGGACGACGAGCGCGAGCGCCCGGGCCUCCCGGGGACUCCAGCCGGCCCGCCGCCGCCGCCCGGCGCCCAGGGCGCGCAGGAUCCUGAGGAGGACGAGGCCGGCGCGGGCUGGAGCACCGCGCUGCGGGACCGCCCGCCCCCGCGCUUCGAGGACACCGGCGGUCCGACACGGAAGAUGCCGUCUAGCGCCAGCGCCGUGGACUUCUUCCAGCUCUUUGUUCCAGACAACGUCCUCAAGAACAUGGUGGUGCAGACAAACAUGUACGCCAAGAAGUUCCAGGAGCGGUUCGGGAGCGACGGGGCCUGGGCUGAGGUGACGCUGACGGAGAUGAAGGCGUUCCUGGGCUACAUGAUCUCCACCAGCAUCUCCCACUGCGAGUCCGUCCUCAGCAUCUGGAGCGGCGGCUUCUACAGCAACCGGAGCCUCGCCCUGGUCAUGAGCCAGGCCCGCUUCGAGAAGAUCCUCAAGUACUUCCACGUCGUGGCCUUCCGCUCCAGCCAGACCACGCACGGCCUCUACAAGGUCCAGCCCUUCCUCGACUCCCUGCAGAAUGGCUUCGAUGCUGCCUUCAGGCCUUCCCAAACCCAGGUGCUACACGAACCCCUGAUCGACGAGGACCCCGUGUUCAUUGCCACGUGCACAGAGCGGGAGCUGCGGAAGAGGAAAAAGCGGAAAUUCAGCCUCUGGGUCAGGCAGUGCUCCUCCACCGGCUUCAUCAUCCAGAUUUACGUCCACCUGAAGGAAGGCGGGGGCCCAGAUGGUCUGGACACACUGAAGAACAAGCCACAGCUCCAUGGCAUGGUGGCCCGGAGUCUAUGUCGGAAUGCAGCGGGCAGGAACUACAUCAUCUUCACGGGGCCCAGCAUCACCAGCCUGACGCUGUUUGAGGAGUUUGAGAAGCAAGGGAUCUACUGCUGCGGCCUGCUCAGCGCCAGGAAGAGUGACUGCACCGGCCUCCCGCUGUCCAUGCUGACCAACCCGGCCACCCCCCCGGCCCGGGGCCAGUACCAAAUCAAGACCAAGGGCAACAUGUCCCUGAUCUGCUGGUACAACAAAGGGCACUUCCGCUUCCUGACCAACGCCUACUCCCCAGUGCAGCAAGGAGUCAUCAUCAAGAGGAAGAGCGUGGAGAUCCCCUGCCCCUUGGCCGUGGAGGCAUUCGCUGCUCACCUUAGCUACAUCUGCAGAUACGAUGACAAGUACAGCAAGUAUUUCAUUUCUCAUAAACCAAACAAGACCUGGCAGCAGGUGUUCUGGUUUGCCAUCAGCAUCGCCAUCAACAACGCCUACAUCCUGUACAAGAUGUCAGACGCCUACCACGUGAAGAGGUACAGCCGGGCGCAGUUUGGUGAGAGACUCGUCAGAGAGCUGCUGGGGCUAGAGGACGCCUCGCCGGCCCCCUGAUGCCAGCGUGGGGCCAGGCGUGG